CGCCGGCGCCGCCAACAACACCAGCCGCUCGACUCAGCGAAAACAACAUUGGCGGCUGACGGCGCUCGCUUCGGCCGCAACCCGAUUGGCUCUCCGCGCCUCUGACGUAAUGUGGCUGCUCGCGCUGUCCCGUUGCUUUCUGGGAAAAGUAGUGCCCUGAUUACACGGAGGGAGGACUGGAAUACGGACUACAUAUCCCGAUAACCAUCGUGUGUAUACUUUACUAUUGAAAUAGUGCAAUUAGUGGGAGUAUCAUAUCAUCAAGGGCAGCACUAUGCAAGUUGCCUCGAAACAGUCCCACCAUUCCAGACUAAUACUUUCAUCGAGCUCUUCACCAGAACCCAGGGGCCUCCUCCUUGAUCCUCCUUGAAGAUUCAUUCAGAUCCCACCAGCUUAUAUUUGAACCUCUUUCUUACUGCAAAAAACUCAAUUAGGAAAAGAAGAAAUUGAUGCUCAACAGCUUCUCCUUGGUAGAGCUAGGAGACCAUGUACAAGCACCCAAAGAAUCUUGGAGUCCACCAAAUUCUAAUAUACAGUAUAUAAGCUGUUUUAAUGGAGUAGGGACCACCUCAUGAUGAACACUAAUGCCAAUGUGCUGAAGGGCCACACUCCUACUUAGAAGCAUGUCCUGGACAGUUAAGUGUGAUUUGUUUCCACAUAAAUGUGCAUGGAAUCGCAACUUUAUCCUGUGCCUAUUUCUUCAGAAGUAAAUCUCAUUGUUUUCAAUGGGGCUUACUCCCAGCAGCGCCUUGCCAUGCUGCUGGAGUUGGAGAGAAGGCGACCAGAAAGUUCCUGACUUUAAGCGGAACACUUUUUGCCUCGGAUCUGCCAGUGGGACCCAUUCGGAGAGGAGAGCAGGCUUAUCUUGCAGUCCACGCGAUUUGCCUAGUCAAGAGGACUCGAAGGAAGAUGUAGCAGGCCCGAGAAUGGGGCUUUCGGCCGAGAGUUGCACACAAUGGCCAGAGAGGACUCGGUGAAGUGUUUGCGUUGCCUGCUCUACGCUCUCAAUCUGCUCUUCUGGUUGAUGUCCAUCACUGUGUUAGGCGUUUCUGCCUGGAUGAGGGACUACUUGAAUAACGUGCUCACUUUAACUGCAGAAACAAGGGUGGAGGAGGCUGUGAUUUCAACUUACUUCCCAGUUGUCCAUCCAGUAAUGAUUGCAGUCUGCUGUUUCCUUAUCAUUGUUGGGAUGCUGGGAUAUUGUGGGACAGUGAAAAGAAACCUCUUGCUGCUUGUAUGGUAUUUUGGAAGUUUGCUUGUGAUAUUCUGCAUUGAAUUGGCCUGUGGCGUUUGGACCUAUGAACAGGAAAUCACGGUCCCUGUGCAGUGGUCAGAUAUGGUUACUUUAAAAGCCAGAAUGACCAAUUAUGGAUUACCUAGAUAUCAGUGGCUUACUCAUGCUUGGAACUUUUUUCAGAGAGAGUUUAAAUGCUGUGGAGUAGUGUACUUCACAGACUGGCUGGAAAUGACUGAAAUGGAUUGGCCCCCCGAUUCCUGUUGUGUAAGAGAAUUCCCGGGUUGCUCCAAGCAGGCACACCAUGAGGAUCUGAGUGACCUUUAUCAGGAGGGUUGUGGCAAGAAGAUGUAUACUUUCCUGAGAGGGACUAAACAACUUCAGGUGCUUCGAUUUCUCGGGAUCUCCAUCGGGGUGACCCAGAUUCUAGCCAUGAUUCUCACAAUUACAUUGCUAUGGGCCCUUUAUUAUGACCGACGGAAUCCAGGUACAGAUCAGAUGCUGUCCUUGAAGAAUGACACAACACAGCACUUGUCCUGCCACUCAGUGGAGCUGCUCAAACCCAGCUUGACAAGGAUCUUCGAGCACACACCUAUGGCCAAUAGUUUUAGCACACACUUUGAAAUGGAGGAACUGUAAGGUGAUCCAACCAUCUCAGCAUUCUACAUUGGGAUAUGGCGAUCUUCCAGCUUUCCGGGUGCACUGCUCAGCUGUACGUGAAAUGAAAAUGGAUCAUGGAUGAAGAUGCCCUUAAGGAAGGAACGUGACUCUGGGUUCUGAUCUUUUGGUCUCUUAAAUUGUUCUAAUGAUGGUUUUAAUACUAAAAAAAAAAAAGUACUGAGAGCAAAACUCUCUCAACUGUUCAUGCAAAUAGAUACAUUAUGUAGAGUGCUGACCAUGGCUGAACAGUACUCAUAACCUUUUAAAAUCAGAACCAAAAAUAUUCAGGGUAUGACUUCUAGGCUUUCGGAUUGUAUCUGAAGUUUUCACUUUAUGAAAAGUGUGAUAGAUCAAGGAUAGGCAACCUCUUCAACUCUGAAAGCCUUACUGAAGAGCCUCAGCUAAUCAGUAUUUCUCAUUGAUAUGCAAUUUGCAUAAUUGUCAACCCUUUUUUAAAAAAGGUAGCUGGCAAGUCACGGUUGUUGAAUGCGUUGCACUCUGAUAUGCUUCUGCAAUUAUCAAUUGCAGCCAAGAAAACUUAAAAUCAGUCCUUUUUGUGUUUGUUUAACUUGUCUCCUUGCUUCUGAGCUUUUAGAAAUGAUUGUUCUACUUUGAACUUAAUCAGCCUGACCAUGAGAGCCAGAAGCUUGAAAGCUUGGCAUUCUCAGGUUUGA